UUUCCCCUCACUUCCUUCCAUAUACUUGUUUCACCAACCUAAACACACACACUCUCACUGCAUUGCACUAUUGCUAUUUUCUUUCUUUCUCUUUUGAGAAAAUGUCAAUGGCAAUGUUGAGUGGUGCUUCUUCUACAUUUCACAGACUCAUAUCAUCAUCAUCAUCAUCUUUAUAUUGCGUUCCAAUACAAGUACCUUCCUCUUUGACAAAGUUCACAAGUACCAGAAACAAGGUUUCUUUGACAGUACCUUUUGCUCUCAAGAAGCCCAUUGAUCAAGCAGACAUUCUUAUUCGGCAACACCACCACCAAGAAGAAGAAGAAAUAUUGGAGAAUAUGGGCGGCGGUGAAAGUAUGCUGUAUUCAUUUUCACCUCUCCCUCUACUCUUAUUGGCUGCCCUUCCUGGAGGUGGAACCAUUAGAUCGCUCUUUGGUCCUAUUGUUGAUAUAGUUAAAUCUUUGGAUCUUCCUGGUUGGCUCGUUCAUUGGGGCCACCCUGGUAACAUGGCAGUUGUACUCUUUGCCAUGGGUGGUUAUGGGUCUUACUUAGGUUUCCGCAUUAAAUAUGCUGGUGAUGUGGAGGAGAAAGCAAUGGCCAAAGACUUGCAUCCUAAGCUCCUAGCUGGGAUGUUCUUCUUCUUUUCUCUUGGAGCUACAGGCGGAAUAAUCUCUCUACUUACUUCAGAUAGGCCGAUCCUUGAAAGUCCUCAUGCUGUGACAGGGUUGAUCGGUCUAACCCUUUUGGCCACACAGGCAUCACUGCCAACAUUAUUCGAGGGAAAUCCCGGGCUGCGAAAUGUUCAUGGGAUCUUAGGAAGUGGGAUUAUGGCAUUGUUUCUAGUACAUGCCGCCCUUGGUCUUCAACUCGGGUUAAGCUACUAAUUUUAUACUAUAUGAUUAAGAUUCUCUCAAGUUUUAUUUUUAGUGUCAUACUGAAGAUGCACGUAUGAGAUAAAAAAGAAAUAUAAAUGUCACAUAAUAAAAUGACCCAUUCUUUUCUUUUAUCUCUCACAUCUCCAGCAUAAGCUAUUAUUAUGUUAAAGAUGAACUUAAUAGAAACUCUUUUGAAAAAAGAGUGGGGUUGUGACAAUUUGGUCUUUUGAUUUUAUCCAAUUUUGGGGAAAAUUUAGCAUGUUGGGGGGAGAAUUUCGAAUAUGUAAAUGAAUAUUGCCAAAGGUUGAUAACCGAUUAUUCACGGUUCACAAUUGACUGUGUAUUUAUAUGACUAUGACAAUAUACUUCUGUAGUCCUAUAUGACUAA